AUGAAGUCUACAAUAAUAAAAGCACUAUCCCUCGGGAUCUCAGCAAUGAUAUGGCUAGAGAGUGCGAUCGCCAUCCCCGAAGAUCCAUCUGCUUUUGAUACGUCGCAGUCUCAAGACCACAAUGUCAUCAUGCGUGAUGUCUGCAUUAUCGGCGGCGGUUCCGCCGGUACCUUCGCAGCCAUUCGCCUCCGGCAAAUGAACCAGAGUGUAGUGGUGGUGGAGAGAGAAGACCAUCUAGGUGGACACGUCAAUACCUACAACGACAUGACAACCGGAACCGCCAUUGACUACGGAGUAUUAUACUACGAGGACCUUCCCUUGGUACGGGAUUACUUUGGCCACUUUGGCAUUCCGUUGGAGAGGGUCAGCGCCCAAAAGCAGACCGCCAACUCGCGUCGCGUAGAUUUGCGAACCGGAACAUCAGUUGGCCCUGUAGAGGGCAAUAUGGCUCUGGCAUUGGCGGUUUAUACGACUCAGCUACUUCGAUAUCCCUACCUGAACACGGGCUUUAAUCUCCCCAAUCCAGUACCUCCAGACUUGCUACUUCCGUUUGGAGAAUUUGUGAAAAAGUAUAAGCUAGACGGGGCAGUCGACAUCAUCGCGCUCUUUAACCAAGGCGUGGGUGAUCUAUUGCAGCAGACUACUCUAUAUAUGAUGAAAUACUUCGGCCUUGAUGUGCUACAAGGAGCGUUAACAGAGUUCCUCCAGCCAGUCAGUCACAAUAAUAGCGAGUUAUACGUUGCGGCACAGGAUGAGCUAGGCAAAGAUGCAUUGCUAAGCAGUGCCAUCAUAUCCACCCGCCGUGAAGAGGAGGGAAAGUGGGUGAAAGUGCGGGUGAGCACGCCAUCAGGAGAGAAACUGAUUCGCGCGAGGAGGCUCAUCGUUGCUAUCCCACCCAAGCUAGAUAUGCUGCAAGGAAUAGACCUAGACCCGAUAGAACGGGGGUUGUUCGAACAGUUUAACAACACGUGCUACUACACCGCAUUGGUCAAGAUUCCAGGCCUUCCACAAGGCCUCCAGGUCGUGAAUCGCGCCAACGAUACCGCUUAUAACCUACCACCGCUGCCAGCGGUCUAUGUGCUCAAUCCUACCAGGUCACCGAAUCUAACCACGAUCCUCUAUGGAAGCAAGGAGCAUAUGUCUGAAAACGAGAUUAAAGAACACAUGACACAGAGCGUGCUGAGUUUAAGAAACCAGGGUUUACCGGUCGAGGCGCCGGAAUUCGUGAGAUAUUCCAACCACUCUCCAUUUUUACUGACUGUACCUCCAGAGGCCAUUGCAAAUGGCUUCUACCGGAAUUUGAAUGGCUUGCAGGGUAAUCGGAACACGUACUGGAUGUCUGCAACUUUCAAUGCGCAUGAUUCGGCGCAGAUUUGGUUGUUCGCCGAUAGAUUACUUAGAUCCAUCUCUCAGUCAGAAUGA